AUGAAAAACAGAGAUGAAAUAUCUUAAUAAAUAGAUGUUUUUACUUAAAAAUAUUAUAAGAUAAGUAGGUAAGAAGGUUAAAUUCAAGAAUUAUAAUAAUUAAAACAUGAAAAAUAAUAAAUAGAAUAAUAAAAUUAGGAAUUGGAAAAAUAAAUAUCAUAAAUUAGAACUUAAUCUUAAGAUGAUUUACUAUUAAAUUUGGUAUUGCAGAAUGAAAUAUCAAAUUUAAUGAAAGAAAUGUAAAAUUAAGAGUAAAAUAUAUUAUAAAUCUAAUUUAGGCAAUUAAUUAAAAAAUAUGAAGAGGAAUGUCUUAAAUUAAAGAAUGAAAAUAGUACAUUAUAAAAUUCACUUAGAGAAGCUAAUUUUAACCUAUAAACACAUAUAGAUCUAUUAAAUAAAGAAAAAAAUAAUAAAAUUCAACCUAAAAUAAGAAUUUAAAAUAGAAAUAUAGAACCUAAAAAUGAUUAGGUUUCAAUCUAAAAUUCAUAACUAUUCUAAUCUAAUUACAAAAAAUAGAUUAAUUACAGAAAUAAAUGUGGCCACUAUUUAGAUAUUUCUAAAAUACAAUAAUAAGUAUAUUUUGCAAUUAAAGUUAAUAAAAUAGCUUAAUGCACUAGAUGUUAAGCUUCUUUAUCAUCCAAACUAUGUUUAUUGGUUUAAGAAUAUGGAAGAUCAUAUUUAGAAAUAAAAAAUUAAAUAGAACUUAGCAAGCUUUAAUAAAAUUUAUAAAUGAAGUUAAAAAAUCAUGAAAAACUAAUAAAAUGUCCAAACAAUAAGUGUCAAUUCUUUUGGAUUUGUUAGAAUAACUAGAAAGUAUAAUUUGGAUCGUUUACACAAUAAAAAAAUGGAUUUUGCUAUAUUUGUGGAGAAUAUUUUGUAAUUAACUCUUAAAUACAAGAUACAUUUGAUUCACAAUAAAAUUUUUUUGAUUUUGAAGACUUUAAAGAUAGGAGAAUGUUUAUGAGUUCUAAUGAGAUGGAUGCUCUUUUAUAUGGUAGUCAAAUAAAUGAAAAAAAAUAACAAACUCAUUUCUGA